AUGCUCGGAUCGAGCAUACAUGAACGCCAGUUGGCCGGUCGACAAGGCGACGAAUUAUCAAAAGUUGCAGCUCACACCUACGAAACAGACCAUGAGUUCAACUUCGCUGCGGUCAACGUACUCGCACACGCGGGUAACAAGAUGAGCAAAGAAUUUAUGGAAGUCUUGUCCACGGACGAGAAUUCUGUCAACAGAUGUGUCGAAUUGGCGCCGGCG